CGGAGCAUGAUUAGUCUGACAACAUUGCUAGAAUCAUUUUGGGGAUAUGCAUUGAAAACAGCAGCGCACACACUCAACAGAGUUCCAUCUAAAGCUGUCGAGAGCACACCAUACGAACUAUGGCGUGGGAGAAAACCGAGUUUCUCGUACUUUAAGAUUUGGGGCUGUGAAGCUUAUGUAAAACGUCUCAUGACGUCUAAAAUAAUUUCUAUAGAAAUAUACAAGAUUAUUAUUAUCCCAAUUUUAAUCUUUAUAUUUUAUACUACUAUAAUCUUUACUAGCAUAAAGAUUGUGGUAGACUCCGGCGUUGUUCGUGUGUCAAAGUUGGAGACCGGAUGCUUGAACGGUUACGUUUGCACUUUCAACGCUCUUCCUACGACUUCUUCGUUUUUACCGCUUACGAAGAAAG